CAGCUGUUUGGAGAGGGCAUUCGGUUGCGUGCAGACACAGCGCAGAACUCCAGUCUGGACUACCAUGUUUCUGAGGGGGUUGGCUUUGCUGCUCCUGCUCCUGCUGGAGGUCGGCAACGCAGAUGAGCAGAAGGGGCAGAAGGAGGGCAGUUGCAUGUAUGGCCACCCAGGGAUCCCUGGUGAUCCGGGGCACAACGGUCUGCCAGGCAGGGAUGGUAGAGAUGGUGUAAAAGGUGACAAGGGUGAACGAGGUGACCUUGGUCUUCGUGGUGCAGCAGGGUUAGAUGGACCGAGAGGAGACAAAGGAGAACUUGGACCUCCGGGGACGGCGGGGGCAAAAGGCAGACGCGGCGAGAACGGAGAGAGGGGGUCCCCAGGGAAGAUGGGCCCCCAAGGUGUUCAGGGGCCCGUGGGAGUCAAAGGUCAGAAAGGGGAGCUUGGACUUCCUGGUCCACAGGGGAUCAAGGGGGAAGUCGGACCUGAGGGCCCUCCAGGGGAGAAAGGAGCCCUGGGAUACCAAGGGGAGAAAGGGUUCAUGGGACCAGUGGGCUCACCUGGGCGACCGGGCCCCAAAGGGGAGAUUGGACCCGCUGGGCACAAAGGCAGUAUCGGUUACCGUGGCGAGAGGGGUCCACGGGGCGAGAAGGGAGACACGGGCGAUGCGGGGCCCAUGCCUGACAUUCCCAAAAGUGCCUUCUCCGCAGGCCUGACGGAAAGUACCAAACUGCCGGCCUCGAAUGCACCUAUCCGCUUCGACAGGAUCAUCUACAACAAGCAGAGCCACUACGACCCUCAGAGUGGCCGUUUCACGUGCGCCUUUAGCGGGGCUUACUACUUCACCUACCACAUCACUGUAUUCUCCCGCAAUGUCAAGGUGGCACUGAUGAAGAACGGACAGAGAAUUAUCCACACCAUGGACAACUACCAGAGCAGUGAAGACCAGGCGGCUGGAGGGACAGUGCUCCACCUAGAGGCUGGUGAUAAAGUGUGGCUGCAAGUCAUAGGAGGAGCGCACUUCAAUGGACUCUAUGCCGAUGAAGAUGAUGAUACCAUCUUCUCUGGGUUUCUUAUAUUUCCUGAUGGUGAAUGAUAAUGUAGGCUAAUGGCUUGUAUUGAACAUACAAAGAGAGAAAGAAAAAAAAAACAAAUACCAGCAAAUGAAAAAAAGAAUAAAAGAAUAAAAAAGAAAAAUGUAGGAUAGUUAUCAACUAUAUUAAUUUACACUCUUCCUCAGGGAAAAUAAAGAUAAAUUGAUAGACUGUUUCAGCAAAGUGUUACUCUUUGUAGGCUACAUUAAUUGGGGCCUGUUGCCACUAUGUAUAACCUUUUCUUUUUUCAAAAUGUGCAUGAGUUGA